AUGCCGAAGGGCGGUAAGAAGGGCGGCGGGGCCGAGGCCUCGAAGCUCAUGAAGCGUCGCUCCGCGUCCUACGAGGAGCUCCAGGCGCUCGAUUGGAGCGCCGUGCAGAACUCGACGAAGGUGAAGUACGACCCCAACCGCCUCAUCUUCGGCGCCACCGAGGACGGCUUCAUGGAGCUCGAGGAGAUCGACAUGGAGGAGGUGAACGCCAUGGUGGGCGUCACCGGCGGCGGCGGCGGCGCAUCCAACGCUAAGGACAGCUCCCCGUCCACCCCCGAGGACGACGCGGAGCCCACCAAGAAGCCGAGGAAGAAGGAGAAGGGCGACGCCGGCGCGAAAAAGGCCGCCGAGGAGAAGCAGCAGUCGGCGGCGGCAUCGCUGCGGCGUCGCAGCGCGUCCUUCGAGGAGCUCCAGGCGGUGGACUGGAACGCGGUGACCAAGUCCACGCCGGUGAAGUACGACCCCAACCGCCUCAUCUUCGGCGCCACCGAGGACGGCUUCAUGGAGCUCGAGGAGAUCGACAUGGAGGAGGUGAACGCCAUGGCCAUCGGACGGGCGGCGGCGGCGAGCGGCGGCCAGCGGGACGUUCACGCAGGCUCCGGCUCCGACGACGACGACGAAGGCGCCGAAGCGGACGGCGCGCCGAUGUCCGCGAAGGAGGCGCGAAUCGCAAAGCGCAAGGCGCGUUGGAAGGCCAAGGUGGAAGCCGCCAAGCAGCGCAAGGCUGAGGCGCGCGCGCGCGCCGCCGACGCCCCCGCACCCGACGCCGCGAAGAAAAGCGAGACGGACAAAGCCGACAAAUCAUCCAUCCGCGACGAUGCCGACGAGCGAUACCUCUCGAACGACGACGACGACGACGACGACUCCGCCUCCGACGACGACGGCGACGAUCGAACAAAGCCGGACGCGACGCCCGCGGCGGCACCCACCGCGGAGGCCCGGGGCGACGCCAAGGCGCAGGGUUGGCAGAUGGACUACAACAACUAUCCGACGUCGGGGAUGGGAGCCGUCGUGGACGGCGUCGAUCUCGACGCGGGCGCCGACGUCUCCAACUGGCUCCAGUUCGACCUCCACCCGAAGCUCCUCCGCGCGUUACAGGACCUGGGGUUUUCCGACCCGACGCCGAUCCAAACCGAGUGCCUCAACCCGGCCAUCAAGGGGAGGUGCGACGUCAUCGGCGCGGCGGAGACGGGGAGCGGCAAGACUCUCGCGUUUGGGCUGCCGAUUCUGCACAGGAUCUUGACGCAACGCGACGAGGAAGCUGACGAAUCGGCGUCCGAGUCGGAGGAUGCCGAACAAAGAGAGCGGGGCGGGGACGGUGGCGGGGGCGGGGGUGCCGAGGGGGGUGCCGAGGGGGGUGCCGAGGGGGGUGCCGAUGCCGAAGGGGACGAUCCGUUCGCGUUGGUCCUCGACGGGAGCGGCCGCGCGGGUGCCGACGCCGGGAUGAAACUCGAUCGAAAGCGCCGAGCGCUCCGCGCGCUGAUCCUCGCGCCCACGCGCGAGCUCGCCAUGCAGGUGUGCGACAUGCUCAAAGCUGUGGCGAAGCACACCGACGUCGAUGUCGUGCCGGUGGUUGGCGGGAUGAGCCUCCAGAAGCAGGAGCGACUGCUCAGGCGUCGGCCGGAGGUUGUCGUCGCCACCCCCGGGCGGCUGUGGGAGCUCAUGCACCAGCAGGGCCACGAGCACUUCGUCGACCUCGGCCGUCUCAACUUCCUGGUCCUGGACGAGGCGGAUCGCAUGGUCGAGCGAGGGCACUUCAGGGAGCUCAGCGACAUCAUCGAGACGCUUCCGAUCCCGCCGAGGAUCAAGCGGCCGCCGGGCGCGGCCAAAGCUACGCCGGAGACGCUCAAAGUUUUCAAAAGCCGAGCGGGAAACGCCGACGCGAGCUCGGCGCCGCGCGGGAAGAAAGGAGGGAAAGGGCAAAAGGGAGGCAACGCGGAGAUCGUGGACACCGACAUCGUGGAGGAGGCGAGCGGCGACGGCGCCGCCGCGGUCAACCUUCGACCGUCGCAGAUGCUCGACAGGCAGACGUUCGUCUUCUCCGCGACGCUCACCGUGCCGGACAACGUGAGGCGAAAGCUGAAGAAGAGGCAGGCGCAGGCGUUCGUCUCGGGGGAGGACAAGAAGAAGGCGGCGAGCGGCGCGAGCGCGGGGACGCUCGCGUCGCUCAUGGAAGCCGUGCCGUUCUACGGCCGGGUCAAGCUGGUGGACCUGACGGAUCAGAGCCAGACGGUGGCCAAGGGCGUCACCGAGAGUUCUCUCGAGUGCACCGAGGACGAGCGCGACGCGCUCCUGUACCACAUCCUGUCGCAGGAGCCCGGCCUGGUCAUCGUGUUCGUCAACGCCAUCUCCGCGCUGCGGCGACUGCUCGCGAUUCUCAAGACGCUUCGACUUCCCGUGGAGGGUCUCCACGGCAACAUGCAGCAACGCGCGCGACUCAAGUACCUCGACAGGUUCAAGAAGGGCGCGGGUGGCGGCGGUAAGACGUCCAUCCUCGUCGCCACCGACGUCGCCGCGCGCGGGAUCGACAUCAAGGGCGUCGACCUCGUGGUUCACUACCAGGUGCCCAUGUCCGCGGAUACCUACGUGCACCGAUCGGGGCGAACGGGUCGAGCCAACGCGGAGGGCGCGUCCGUGAUGCUCGUCACCCCGGCGGAGCGUCAGCGGUACCGGACGCUGCUCAGGAACCUCAACCGCGAGGCGCCGCUGCCGUCGUUUCCCACGGUGGAGAGCGCGGUGGCUGAGGCGAAGCGUCGCGUCGCCGUGGCGCGUAAGCUCGACAAGCUGGUGCACGCCAAGCAGAAGGACCGCGCCGAGGCUGAGUGGCGAAGGAGCAACGCGCAGGCGCUGGGAAUCGAGCUCGACUCGGACGAGGAGGGCGACGCCGCCACCGUGCGCGUCAUCGAGAACGCCAAGAAGAGCGCCAAGGAGAAGCGCAAGGCAAAGGCGGCGAGGGCAUUCGCCAAAGCCGCGGCGAAGAAAGCGAAGAAAAGCGAAGAAAGCGAAGAAAACGCCGAUGACUCGGACUCGGACUCGUCUGGCUCGGACGAAUCCUCCGACGACGACAUCAUGGACGAUCUCGUCGCCGAGGGUUUUGACCAGGACGAUCAGGUCUCGCACGCCAGGCUCGGCGCGUACGAGCGCACCGAGGCUGAGGAGUCGCGUCUGAGGGCCGAGCUCGACGCGAUGUUGGCCACGCCGCUCGGGGUGAAGGCGGCUGGUCGGCUCGGCGCGGCGAGCGUGAGGUACCCGAGCCGCGGGGAGGGGGGUGCGAAGCUGGCGCGGGACGUCGCGAUGCGCGAGGCGGCGGCGGCGGGCGGCGGGGACGCGAGCAGCGACGGCGCUCCGGGUUCUGGCGGGAAGGUGGCGGCUGUGCGGAUGCUCAAAGCGGGACGCGAGGAGAUGGGCGCGAUGGGAGCAGCGCCGGGGGGCGCCAGGGGGAAGAAGCGUCGCAGGGGCGGGCUCGCGGGCGCGCGCGGGUGA